GAACUACAGCGAGGGCGGCGGCGUGGCCCCCGAGGAUGUCAGUACUCUUCUUGUCCAAGCUUGCCGACUGGUGCCUCCUAAUCAGAAUCAUCUUGUCAGCAAAGUGUCUCAGCUGAUCCACCAUUUACUUAACAGAUUACAGUGGCAGUUGGAAAAGUUCCUCAUCACCUGUGGCACCUACAGCCCUUAACCGACUUUCCAGCAUUUGAUGACCGUUUAUCUCAAUUGUCCAUGAAUCGAUACUUGGAUUAGCCUACUUUGUCCCAACACGAUUAUAAACUCCUUGAGGACGGGGCUAGCCAUCUCUUCCUCUUGUAUUCCCGACAUCAUAGUAGAGACAGGGUAGCUAUUUAGCAGGCAUAUUUAUUCACAAUAUAUUUGUUGAGCAAACAUUUACUAUGUGGAGGGCAAUUUAGUUGAAUUAAGAUAUUUCAGUGGAUUGAGUCUUAUAUAUCUGUGUAUUUACAGCUGCCAGUGUCUGGCUAUUUCAAGGAAAAGUUACAAGGACUUUGCUAGAUUCUCCUUUAGUGGAGGGAGUAAAGGGGAAAGUAAAGAGAAGGCCCUGUCUUGAUCAAACUUUCAGGGCCUUUACAGCUGAUCUUUUUGACACAAAAAUGAUGGACACACACACUUUCUUGCUUUUACACAACUCAGUUCAGGUGAGUAUGCAUGUCUGAAAAGGAUAAAAAUAUUUUUUUAGAAGUUAGAUCAUAUUUGUUUUUUCUUCUAUCAAUAGGUCAUUGUUGAUGAACAGAACUUGGAUUUCCUGUUGGCAUAUACCAUUUCUGCUAUUCAACAGUGCAGUUCCUGGACACAUGUGGAAGUUCUUCAAGCCCUGGCAGCUCUGGUUUACUGCAAUGGCUCGAAAUGUCAAAAGACUUGCUAGGCAAGAGUGGACUCUUGAUGAAGUUGAGUGACUCGUCUCAGUCGGACCCUGAAGUUAGGAGAGCUGCAGUGCAUUGUAUGGCAAACCUAUGUCUCAGUGUACCAGGACAGCCGUACUUGGAGGAGCCCUAUCAAAAUAUCUGCUUCCAGGCUUUCUUGACCACUUUACAGUCUCCAAAGUCAUCUGAUAUGGAUGAUAUCACAUUUUGCAUGUUGUUACAAAAUGCAUUAAAAGGUAUACAGUCUCUUCUAAAUGGUGGGAAGAUGAAACUGACUCAGACUGAUGAACUUGGAGCUCUGCUAGCUGUGCUAAAGAAAUCCAUGUUUCAUGGACUCCCUGGACUGAGCAUAGAGAUGCCUACGGUGUUAUACCCCACUCCACUUCCUCAGUAUGAUGGGCGACCACCCGACAAACCACAGCAAUCGGAAUCCAGUGCUUCUCGACCAACUGUGAAUAGAAAGAAAAAAUCAAAAGUAAAACCAAAGAAAACCCAGCAAGGAGAAGAUGAGGAGGAGGAAGAACCCAGCGGUGAAAGAGAAGCAGCCUCGGUCACUGGCUCAGGCAGAGCGAACCUGCAUGAAGGGAGCCCUCAGUGCCCCCCAUCCGCGGGUGUCCAGAGUUUGCCGUUCAAUGGAAGUGGUGCUGCAGGAAAAGAGCGAGCCUCCUCACCCCUCAGUUCUUCCAGCUGGAAAAGGGUCAGCAGUAGUGAGUCAGACUAUUCUGAUGCUGAAGGAGGCAUGCAGAGUAAAAUGAGGUCUUACCAAGCCAAAGUUCGCCAGGGAGCAUUAGCUUGUUUUCUUUCUACUAUAAAAUCAAUAGAAAAAAAAGUUCUUUAUGGCUACUGGUCAGCCUUUGUUCCUGAUACCCCUGAACUCGGAAGCCCACAGUCUGUGUCCUUGAUGACUCUUACAUUAAAAGAUCCUUCUCCAAAGACGCGUGCCUGUGCUCUGCAAGUUUUAUCGGCCAUCUUGGAAGGCUCAAAGCAGUUUCUUUCUGUUGCUGAAGAUACCAGCGACCACAGAAGGGCUUUCACCCCCUUCUCUGUGAUGAUUGCUUCCAGCAUUAGAGAGUUGCACAGAUGUCUGUUGUUAGCUUUGGUGGCUGAGUCAUCCUCACAGACCCUUACUCAGAUAAUUAAGUGCCUUGCAAAUUUAGUAUCCAAUUCGCCUUACAACCGUCUGAAACUCAGCCUGCUGACCAAAGUCUGGAACCAGAUAAAGCCUUAUCUCCGCCACAAAGAUGUUAAUGUUCGAGUGUCAAGCCUCACUCUCCUGGGAGCCGUAGUUUCCACUCACGCACCUUUACCUGAAGUCCAGCUACUUUUACAACAGCCCUGUUCUUCUGGACUCAGCAAUAGCAAUUCAGCGACUCCUCACCUCAGCCCUGCUGACUGGUGGAAGAAAGGCAGCUCGGGACCCCUUCUGGAAGAGGCAUCAGUUAGCUCCCCUAAGGGCUCUUCAGAGCCCUGCUGGCUCAUUCGACUUUGCAUUUCCAUUGUUGUGCUGCCCAAGGAGGAUUCCUGCUCAGGUGGCGAUGCUGCGUCUACAGCAGGAAGCACCUAUGAACCGUCCCCCAUGCGAUUGGAGGCCUUACAGGUGUUGGCUCAUUUGGCAAGAGGCUACUUCUCAAUGGCUCAGGUCUACCUGAUGGAGCUUGGAGAGGUGAUUUGCAAGUGCAUGGGUGAAGCAGAUCCAUCCAUUCAGCUUCAUGGAGCAAAGCUUCUGGAAGAAGUGGGUACAGGCUUAAUACAACAGUAUAAACGAGAUUCCAGCGUCGCACCUGAUCAGAGAGUGCCCGUCACCUUGGUGGUGAUGUUCUGGACUAUGAUGCUGAACGGUCCUUUACCGAGAGCCCUGCAGAAUUCAGAGCACCCGACCCUCCAGGCGAGCGCCUGCGAUGCCCUGUCUUCCAUCUUGCCAGAAGCCUUCAGCAGCCUGCCGAGCGACAGGCAGAUCCUGUGCAUCACUCUGCUGCUUGGGCUGAACGACAGCAAGAACCGUUUAGUGAAAGCUGCGACCUCGCGGGCCCUGGGAGUCUACGUGCUCUUUCCCUGUCUCAGACAGGAUGUCAUAUUUGUUGCAGACACAGCAAAUGCAAUAUUGAUGUCACUUCAAGACAAGUCUCUGAAUGUCCGCGCCAAAGCAGCCUGGUCCCUGGGCAACCUGACAGACACCCUGAUUGUCAACAUGGAAACACCGGACCCAAGUUUCCAGGAAGAGUUCUCUGGUCUGCUGCUCUUGAAGAUGUUGCGGUCAGCCAUAGAGGCAUCGAAGGACAAAGACAAGGUGAAAAGCAAUGCAGUCCGGGCCCUUGGAAAUUUGCUUCAUUUUCUGCAACCGUCUCAUAUACAAAAACCCAGAUUUGCUGAAAUCAUUGAGGAGUCUCUCCAGGCCUUGAUUUCUACUGUUCUGACUGAGGCUGCCAUGAAAGUCCGAUGGAAUGCUUGUUACGCACUGGGAAAUGUGUUUAAAAAUCCUGCUCUUCCGUUAGGAACAGCCCCGUGGACCUCCCAGGCCUACAACGCCCUGACAUCCGUUGUGACAUCAUGCAAGAACUUCAAAGUGCGCAUCAAAUCUGCCACUGCCCUUUCCAUUCCGGGCAAGAGGGAGCAUUAUGGGUCUGUUGACCAGUAUGCUCAGAUCUGGAACGCAUUGGUCACUGCCUUACAGAAGAGUGAAGACACCACAGACUUUCUGGAAUUCAAGUACUGUGCCAGCCUGCGGACCCAAAUCUGCCAGGCGCUGAUUCACCUCCUGAGCUUGGCCAGCACCUCAGACCUGCCCUCCAUCAAAGAAACCCUUGAACUGAAUGGGGACAUGAUCCAGUCCUAUAUCCUACAGUUUUUAAAGUCAGGAGCAGAGGGAGAUGACACUGGAGCACCCCACAGCCCCCAGGAAAGAGACCAGAUGGUCAAAACAGCCCUGGAGCACAUAAGCAGCGUCCAGGCACUGACUGGCGACACAGCCAAAAGGGCCGUCAUGGGCUUUUUAGAGGACACCCUGACUAUUUAUUUUGACUCUGGAUCACAAGUAGCACUCGUAGGAUUAACACAUCGGUGAAUAUUCCACCAUACUUUCUCGGUGUCAAGUGGUAAUAGGAAGAUCUGAGUGUGAGCAUCAGAUGUGUGGCAUUUAGUCUUAGGGGCAGACACAAUCCAUCCACUGUUUAGUUAGAAUGAGUUAGCAGCUGUUUAAGUUUAUCAAAGGGCUCAACCACUUUAGAGAGCGGUUCCACUGUGAUGGCUGUGGUCCGGGUUGUUGGAACCUCUGACUUGUGCAACUAGGAGCAAGGAGUUGGGUUCUAGUGUGAACAGAGCAAACCAUGGGGAGGGGUUGUGAAGGGUGUUUAGUCUCAGUAGAUUAAAAAACAAUGCAAAAGGAUUUAGAAAUUAGAAUGUUGUAUAUUGUGUCUGUGGGAACUGUUUUUCUUUUCUAAUAAACUAAUGAAACAGUG